AUGGUUGGUUUUAUUCCUAGCGACAUGCGCCGAGCAUGUAUGCAGAAGAAUCGUGAGUUGUCCUGCUAUCUCUUGACCAAGAUGUCGUGGAAGGGCAACUAUAAACGUCUGUUUACAAUUGGUACACUUGGGAUAACAACAUAUAACAAAGAUACUUUAAGGGUGACUAACCAGUGGACUUAUGAAGAAAUUUAUGAAGUAAGAAUAGAUCAUAAUACUAAAUCAAAUCAACCUCAACUUAAACGGUUCAUUAUGGAGAUAUUGGAUUCAAACCGUAAACGUCAUGAGUUAACAUUCGCUACUGAAUUUCGUGUUGAACUUCUGACGGAUUUAUUGCAUUUUCGUGAUCGAUUCAUUAAAGAGAAUAAACCAAAUAUGAGAAUACACGCUACUAAAGUGAGUUGGUCUGAGUCAACCUAUGAAGUAAUCUUGGAUAUUGGUCCAGUCUCAGUUGAUGUACGUGAUCCACGUACGGGAGAACAAUGGAAAAGCUAUGCAUAUAAAGAUAUUGAAUAUAUUAACAAGAUAAAUGAUAUUCCUAAUUCAGUGGCUAUUGUGCACGGCGGAUAUGGACAUAUCCACAUAUUCCUUACACGUGAACCAGACAAUUUAAUUCGUGAGAUCAGUAAAUCUGCUCAAACUAAUUUAUGUAUAUCAUUCGGUCAACCUACUAACCCGUUAACACGAGAUUACUGUACAGAAUAUAGACUUGGUAAAAUAAGUCAAGAAAGUUUAAUUUCUCAAGCUGAAUUUACAGUUCAAAAAGUGUCUAGACGUAAUCAAAACUCUAAUCAACUGAUGACAAUUUCUCGUUUAAUGUGUUUAACGGAAACUUUAUUGCUUGAAAGAGAUCCAAUUAGUUAUCGACCUGUUUCAGCACAUCCACUUUGUGAAGUGAAUCUGCUUGUUCGAGAUCGUUUCCAGCCACAGAAAUUUUCGAUUGAAUAUGUUCGUGGACCGAUUGCCACAUACUAUUCUACUGACAGAGAUGCUUUAUUAGCUUCAUUGUUGGAUGGUGUACGAGCUAGUGGUAAUCGUGAUGUUUGUGUUUGUAGUGGAUUUUCUGAUCGAGGUUUACGUUUCAUUCCUUUAAUCAAUUCUGCAAGUGAAGAGAUAGAAUCUGUACAUCUACGACUUUUACGUCAACGUCCAGAAGGCGUUACAUAUUGGGAAGCAGUACAACGUUUCAAUGCCAAUGUUGCUUAUAGUGGUUUACUGCAUGCUGUUACUCAAGAUGGUGUUUUUGCAGAGAAUAAAGAAAAGUUAAUCAAAGAUGCAUUGACAACAAUUCUUACACAAGAAACACGCUUAAUUGAUAUGGUUAGUCUACCAAAACGUAAACCAUCAGAAAAUAUUAUAAAUGAUCGAAAUGCAUCUAUGACACUAAUCACUACUAAUGCUAAUAAUGAAUUAAUUUGUAUUGAAGCUCAAUUUCAUGCAUUACGUAGACUGGUAGCAUCAAAAGCAGGAUUCAAUGCUUUCACUCAAUUACCUGGUAUGCGUAUCACAUUGGGUCAAAUUGUGGUGAACGCAUUGAAAUUGCGUGAUGAUGCUGUAACCCAUGCUGUACUGGAUUCUAUUAAUACUCUAAUGCAUCCUAUGCAUGAUCAUCCAGAUAUAAGACAAGAACAAUUGAAUAAAGCUUCUAUCAUGUCAAGUGAAGUAUUUCUAUCACACUUGGUCGAUAUAUUCACAUUACAUGCUUUACGUGGAAGUGGUUCGCUUGUCCUAUGUGCUUUAUUAGAUUUUUUCACCUAUGGUGUAUGUCUACCGUAUUCUGAGACGUCUGAAGGUGGUCUAUUCGACAAUUUACUACGUCUACUGGCCAAUCGUGGACGUGCUUUAUUUCGGUUAUUUCAUCAUCCUAGUUUAGCAAUUGUUCGUGGAGGUGGAAUGAUAAUGCGUGCUUUAAUUGAAGAAGGUGGAACAGAUGUCGCUAAAGAUUUACGUAAUUUAGCUUUAACUGAAGGUGCAUUAAUUCAUCAUUUCUGGAUUGCAUGUUUUACACAAGGGAAAGAUCCACGAAGUUUAGCCAUACAACAGCUAAGUCGUCAAUUGGUUGCUCUAUGGUCUGAAGAUAAUCAGGAUGCUUGGGAUUUAUUUAAACGAAUACUUCCGUUAGGUUUAUUAUCAUUUUUGGAAUCGAAUGAAGAACCUCCAGUGAAAGUUGUUAACAUGUUACCUGAUCGAGAUAAUUUACAACUGGCUCAUGAACAUAUGAUGCGCAUAGAAGAGCGUAAACAAACUAUUUCUUACCAGUUGGAAACUAAAAUAGAUGAUCUACUUACUCAUUGGCGACUACGAGUUGGUCUUCCUAUCCCAAAGCAACUUACUAAGCAGAAUCAUUUGAAAGAAGCUGAAGAACGUCCUGUUGUGCUUCGUCGACCCCGACACCUAUUACAAUCGUUACGCGGUGAUUCAGAUCAACGUAAACCUAUAACUAAUUGGCGUUUGUUUUUCUAUCAAUUUCAACAAGAUCAUGCUAAAGCUGAUUUAAUCUGGACGAUACGCACAAGAAAUGAAUUACGUGAAACUGUAGAGAAGGAAUUACAUGAAUUUCAACAAGAACGUAAUUAUUUUGCACAAAAUCGAUUAGAAGAAUCAGAUUAUGCAGAUAUUGAUCGAUCAGAACCUGUUGGACCUGGUCAACCUGAAAGAAUAUUUCCAACUGGUUUAACAAGUAGAGCUCAGAGUACACCGGAUAUUUGUAGUUCUAAUAAUGGUGAUGCAGGACUAGAUAAUAAUGCUAUUGAUAAAAAUUCUCCUAAUAGUAGUCAGUCGCCUCAAACUAAUGAACAAACUUCAGAGAAGCAUUAUUUGAAAAAACUUGAUGAUACAGAUUUACAAUUAAAUCAGUCAAAAAUACACAGUAAUGAUAAUGGUUAUGCACAGACUAUGUCACGAUCCUCUAAUCUUAACCGACGUGCACGAAUGUCAUCGAGUCCAACUAGAAUACAAGCUGAUCGACUAAUCAAUCAGGCAAGUCUAGUUUCAUGGAAUCAUAGAGAAUUUAAAGUUCACUAUCCAAGUUUAGCUGAAGAACCUCGUGUUGGUAACUAUUUCUUACGUUUACUCUUAGAAGAGGAUAGACAUAUGAAUGAAGUGAUUGAUGCUACUACACUUACUGCUGAUAGUUCAACUGAUUCUCACUUCAUCGGUCUUUCACGUAUUCGUGAUAGCACUGCCUUUUUCAAUGAAUUAUUUCGACGUUAUCUACAGUAUGUUGCCUCUGGUCCAUUUUAUCCAUUUCAAACUACUUCUAUAAAAUACAAUGCUAGCGGAGGAGAUCAUAAUAAUAUGACACCGAAUUUACUUCGACGUUUAACAAUGCGAUGUUUAUGCUUACAUGCUAUGUCAGUUGUUUAUAGUCGAUGUCAUCAUGAAAUUGGUCCAGUAUCAGAUAUACCAUUAUUGAUUUAUUUACUAGAUCGUACAACAUUUGCUGUUGAAAGAGACUGUCUUCUUCUACUGUUAGACAAACUUAUGUUGAAUAAGGGUAAUGUCAUGUCAUUUGUAGAUGCAGAUGGUGUACGUGUUUUAAUUGAUUUAGCAUGUUUAGCGCAUUUACAUACUAAUCGUGCACCUACACCAUUUCAAUCGAAUGUUUUAAAGGCUAGUUCAGAACAAGAAAUUUUAGAUUCUGGUGCAAAUACACAACGUGAAUGGUGGUAUUUGAAUUCAACCAAUAUUAAUCGAAAUACUAUUCAUAAUACUUCAAUACAAGGUGGCAGUAAUAAGUCUGGAUCUAAUCCUAUUCAUGGUCCAGUUAGCUUUAAUGAGUUACAACAGCUGAUAAAAGACGAGCGUAUCAUUGCUACUACCAAGGUAUAUGCUCAGGGAUUAGAUGCAGCUCCACGUUGUCGUCCAGAUGGAUAUUUAGCAAUGACGAUUAUAUCACAAAUAAUGAAUAAGUUAAACAAUGAUAAUAUAACAACAUCAACUUCACUAGAUCCUUCAGAACAGAUUAAUGAGAAAACUGUUGUCUGUGGAAUGUAUGGUUGGAUUCCAGCUCAACGUGUUGUACAAAUUCGUUGGACAAUUUCAGAAUUGUUAGGCAUAAAAUCAUCGACAACAUCAGUUUCUAAUUCAAUCAUCAAUAAUAACAGUGGGAAAAAUGAGAAUGAUGAAAUGAAUGUUGGUUAUUUAAUCGAUAAAUUAGGUUAUACUGAAGGUAUGUUUUUGGAUUAUACCAAUUUAGCUAUACGAUGUGUGGAUAUAUUACGUCGAUUGUGUGAUAGUUGUUCAUCACGAGAUUCACAUGGUGGUGUUGUGCGUCCAUUACCUAAACCUCGUCGUGCUAUCUCAGAUGUCAGCUGUUUACCGCAUGUAAUUCAGUUGCUGUUAACAUUUGAUCCACUAUUAGUAGAACGUGUUGUCUCUUUGUUGCAUAUUGUUAUGGAUCAAAAUCCAUGUCUACCUAGACUUUAUUUAACUGGGAUAUUUUAUUUUGUUCUAUUGUAUACUGGAAGUAAUGUGUUACCUAUUGCUCGAUUUUUAAAAGAUGUACACCUGUUACAAGCAUUACGAUUGGAUGAGUUUACUGGAUCAUCUGGAAUCGAUUUAGCUUCAAGAUCUAUAUUAGGCAACAUGUUACCAGAUGCAAUGAUUGCUUAUUUAGAAAAUCAUUCACCGGAGAAAUUUGCAGAGAUAUUCUUAGGUGAUUUUGAUUCACCUGAGGCUAUAUGGAAUCCAGAAAUGAGACGUUAUAUGAUCAGUCGAAUAACAUCUCAUUUAGCUGACUUUUCACCUCGUUUACAUAGUAAUAUACGUGCAUUGUAUCGGUUUAUUGGAAUGCCAAUUAUUAUUUAUCCACAAUUAGAGAAUGAAUUAUUCUGUCAUAAUUAUUAUCUACGUCAUUUAUGUGAUAUACAAAAAUUUCCUGAUUGGCCUAUACGUGAUCCGGUUGCAUUGCUACGUGAUAUUUUAAAAGCUUGGCGUGAUGAACUACAGAAAAAGCCUGUAAAUAUGUCCUAUGAAGAGGCAUUACGAGAGCUUGGAUUAGAUGUGAAUCAGUUGAACUCAUCGAAUGAAGAAUCAUUUAUCCGUAGAGCUUAUUAUCAAAUGUCUAUGAAAUAUCAUCCAGAUAAAAAUCCAAAUGGUCGAGAGAAAUUUCAAUCAGUGACAAAAGCUUAUCAAUUUUUAUGUAAUCGUAGUAAACUAUCUCGUGGUCCAAAUCGUUUACAUAUCCAAUUAAUGCUUCGAGCUCAGAGUAUUGUAUACAGACGUUAUCGUUCAUUGCUUAUUUCACAAAAUACGCUGGUUAUCCAAUGCUUAUAG